AUGAUCCUCCUAGACAUGAGAUCAACGCUAGUCCCCAUCCAGCCCAACCGACAGAGCGCAGACCCCGUGACUUCCCCCGCUCUUUUCUUUUUCUCGCUCACAUUUUCUCCCUUCCCCUCCUCCCCUCCCAACACCCUCCCAACUUCCAAAUACCCGAAAAAUCAUCCCCUUCUCCCCCCCCACAAUCCUCCAUUCAAAAUGUCUGAGCGCCAGAACGGAAUCGUCAAGUGGUUCAACGAUGAGAAGGGCUACGGCUUCAUCACCCCCGAGACCGGUGCCGACCUUUUCGUCCACUUCCGCGCCAUCGAGGGCCAGGGCUUCAAGUCUCUGAAGGAGGGACAGCGCGUCACCUUCGAAGCGGUGCAGGGCCAGAAGGGAAUGCAGGCGGACAAGGUUCAGGUCCAGCAGGACUAAAGCGGCAAAUGACGCGGGAUCAACAAUCAUGGCAGCUUCACGAGUUUUACCCCUUUUGAGGUGCAAUAAUGGGGAGGAAGGACCUUGGGUUCCUGCGCUACUGGCGUCUCGGCACGAAAGCCUGCGCAGCUGAACUCCAUCGGCAUUGACAACCCGGGUGAUGGGAUCCAAAACUAUUAUUACUUCUUCAGGCAACUGAUGUCCCCGCUCACCCUGUGUGAUCCUCUUGUUUCAAAACCCAAUACCAAUAUCUGCAUGUUCGGAGAGUGACAAUCUCCACCAUCAAUUUUUCUUUCGUAAAGCAUAGCGUGAGUAUCUUAUCAUUCACUCUACUGUUCUUGUAUCAACCCUUCCCCCCUCUCCGUCC